AGUUGCUUUCAAUUUCAGAAGACUUGGUUGCGGUGCAGGGUUUAGUCGGAGAGUUGCAUGAGGUAUGUAUGAUGGUGAAUUUUAGGAGUUUAGGAGAGAUAUGAAAGACGAAGACUGAAGAAUAAAAAUCGGAAAAUGGAAUUGGGGGAGGUUCGAGAAUUGAUAAAGAAGGAAGUGCCGGAUUGGGACGAUGAAGUGCUGGCAAGGGCAAGAUUCAAGGCCUUUAGUGGACAGAGACCCGAUUGGCAACCCAUUUACCUUUUCUGGAGAAAUUUGAUCCUCACCAUAGCUCGCCACUUGGGCCUUGUUGUCCUCCGACCUUCCCAGAUGAAGGAUUGGUUUAAUCGAGGAGGCUUAAGUCCUUUAUGUCUUGACCAUGUUUUGUUUGUAAUGUGUAAUGAAGGUGACAUAGUACGAAGUGCAGACCUUGUUGACCCAACGGCAGGGCGACUCUCUCAGAUUUUCAAAAAAGUAAGAAAUUUGAUGGUUAGGCCCAUCACAACUUGCCAAAUCAUGGACGAAGAUGUUAUCAUUCUUUUGUCAGUAUUGAAGGAUAAAGCUGUUGAUGUUGUCAAACUUUUAUCUGAAAGUCAUUGGACGUCAUCGUCUGUUAUUACCUUGAGGAAGUUUCAGAACAUUUGUGGAGGUGCAGAUGAAGCAUCUGCCAUCUUGAGUUAUUUGUCAGGAGAAGGAAAAGCCCAGUAUAUCCAAGUUAAUAAGGGAGAGAUUAUACAGGGUGUAAAAGUCUCCCUUUCUGCAUCUGUCGCUUCUGGUUUUUCAAGUCUGGAUUGUGAUGUUUUAUAUUUAAUUUGGACAACAGAAAAGCUUCAGCAACAACUUAAUGCGAUUGACCAACGCUGUGAAAGGUCAAGAAAAUCGGCACUAACUUCAUUGAGUUUGGGAAACAAGAAUAUUGCUCUUAGGCAUGCAAGGGCACUAAAGUUGGCCACUGACAGUAGAGAAAAAUGUGCAACCCUCUUGAAUAGAGUGGAGGAAGUCCUUCACGUUAUUGCCAAUGCUGAAUCCACAAAGAAGGUUUCAGAAGCCAUCCACAUUGGAGCUCUAGCAAUAAAGGAAAAUAGGAUUGGUGUUGAAGAAGUUCAACAUUGUUUACAAGAACUUGAGGAGAGCAUUGAUUUGCAAAAGCAAGUAGAAAAUUCUCUAGAAUUGAAUUCACCAUAUUCAUUAGCGGAGGACGAAGAUACCGAAGAGGAGUUCAGGAAAUUAGAGCAGGAAAUUGAAAGUGCAGGCCAUCAUCAUCCAAUUCCAAAAGCUGAGGCUAAGAGUGCAGUUGGAGAAACGGAGGCAUUGGAAUCCAGUAAACAGCUAACUGAAGCUUUGUCAAAUCUCAAGCUCGAGGAUAAUCCAGUGAGGACUCCAGCAAGUCCAAGCACUUCAGUGAACAGAACAAAAAAUCUCAAAUUCCAAGCAGCAUAGCUAACAUUUUGCUAUUCAUGAAUAUAAUAUGGCUCUGUUGUAUAGCAUUAUAUAUUAUAUAAUACUCUGAUGCUUUUUUAUAUUAAAUUUAAUGGUCAGUACUUCAAAGAGUAAGUAUGCUGUGCUUUCAUCAA